AUGCAGGAGGAGCCCGAGUCCGGCUCGUUCACCUUCAUACCAUGGAGCGAGCUGACAGAGUUUCAGAACGUUGGCCGAGGCAACUUUGGCAUCGUUCGAAAGGCCGACUAUCUCGGCACCGAGGUUGCCGUGAAGGAGCUCCUGGACAUCAGUGCGGAGCAGCCCGGCUUUGAUUUUGGCAAAUACGUCGAGCGAGAGAUCGGGAUACUCAAAGAGAGCCGGCAUCCCAACGUCGUCCAGUUCAUGGGCUGCAGCAAACAUGAAAACAAGAUUUAUUUGAUCACCGAGUUUGUCAACGGCGGGAAUCUGAAGGAUUGGAUCGUGGACCCAAGCAAGGGCCUGACUUGGCGACUUUGUGUUGGCUUUGCAAUCGACACGGCACGGGCACUGGCGUAUCUGCAUGCCAACCGGAUAAUUCAUCGAGAUCUCAAGUGCGAGAAUCUGCUGAUCACCGAAAAUCGCCGAGUCAAGCUGUGCGACUUUGGGCUAUCGAGGUUCGCAGCCAAGACCAAGGAGGAGAGCCGACGACUCAGCUACUGCGGAACGGAUCAGUACAUGGCUCCAGAGAUUCAGUUCUGCAUGGAAUUUGACGCGUCGGUCGAUGUGUUCUCGUUUGGAAUCAUCCUGUGCGAAAUGAUCACCCGGCGCCCGGCCGAGGUCGACGUCCACAUCAAGAGGGUUAUGCCGGGCUUUGGGAUCGAUGCCGAGGAAAUCCGUAGCAAGAUGGAAAGCAGCUGCCCACCGGAGCUAUUUAAUCUGGCGAUCGAGUGCGCCAGCGACGAGGGCAAGAAUCGGCCGUCCCUCAAGCAGGUCCUCAAACAGCUGAGGGCGCUGGAGGUCGAGCUGGUCCAGGUCGAUGCCGUCAACAUGGGCGUGAUGCCGGAUGUCGGCGGAGAAGACACUGGAAGUGCUGCCCAGAGCGUUGAUCGGCUGAAUGCGAGCGACGACAGGCUUAACGACCCGCAGCGAACGGGCUCGGUGACGACCCGGAAGCAAGCCGAUGCCGGUCCGACAGCGAUACCGCUGGGCGCUGACUCACUGCCGGGGUCAAUGCAGGAUCUGGCCGUGACGGUGGACGAGACCCACCCAUUCGUGGUGGAGGGAAUCUCGCUGGUGCGUGUUGGCCACUGCAUCCCACACCGCUUUUCGAUCGAAACGAUCCCGACGCUGGCUCGAUGCGAAGGAUGUCGCAAGCGGAUCGGGCUGAUGAGCCGGCACCUGUGCUGCGACGACUGCCACCAGCACUUCCACAAGAGCUGCGGUGCUGUUGCUCCAAACUGCGGGCUGCCGGCCCAGGCACGCGACCAGUUCAUGCAGCUCAACUCAAGCGCAAGCGGGUCAAUCGGAGCCGUCAUCAAGGGAAGCGCAAAGCCAGGGCCAGGCGGAGCUGGAUCGGCGAAUCUGGGCAAGGAAAAGCCAGUCCAGGCCAUCCAGCCCGGCGUGGAGAGCAACAGCCGACGCUGA